AAGGACAUUUUACGUCGUGUUGGUCAGACUCCGAAAUUGUACUACAUUGGCUCUCAUCACCCCCACGGACUUGGAACACUUGUGUUUGUAAUCGCACUGCUGAGAUUCUGGAAGCGUGCCCACGUAGCUGCUGUCAACACAUUCGCACUGAGGACAAUCCCGUGGACUGUGCAUCACGCGGACUUCUACCAAAGGAUCUGGUAGAACAUCAACUGUGCUGGAAUGGACCACAGUGGCUUUCCCAAUCACAUCGCACUUGGCCACCUGCUAAGGCAAAGUUCACACUGUAGACUGAGGACGCUGCGCGGAUGGAAGUAAAGGUCAAACCCUAAGUUAAUCUACACAUUUCCGAUGAAGGAAAUGAUCUUAAUUGUAUGAUCAACAAAGCUUCCUCCUGGUCACAUCUCUUGCGGACAAAUAGCCAUUGCUUUCGCUUUGUACAUCGACUUCGUUGCAAGGACCGCCUGUCAUCGUUUUUAUCGUCAUGGGAGCUUCAAUAUGCCCGCUCUAGGGUAAUCAAGCAUGUCCAGAUGGAGUUCUUCCACGUGGAGUAUAAACAGCUGAGCACUGGACAAGCACUUUCUUAAAAAUCCAAGUUGAUUCACUACACUCCAUUUGUUGACGACCACGGAAUUCUGCGCGUAGGAGGACGCAUUGGCAAUUCGAUGGCAACCUAUGAUGCAAAACAUCCCAUACUUCUUCCAAAGGAAUCACCAGUCGCUGUUUUAUUAGCUAAACACCAGCACGUCACAUCGCUACACGCUGGAGUCGAAUUUAUGUUCCACACGUUGAGACAGAAGUAUUGGAUCCUUGGAGCCCGUAACAUAGUCCGCAAAAUUGUAUUCAACUGCAAGAUAUGUUUACUCCAGCGCAAAGGAACGAGCACACAACUCAUGGCUGAUCUUCCCGCCUUUCGCGUUCAGCCCACCCGCUGCUUUCUACAUUCUGGAUUGGAUUACGCUGGACCAGUUACCAUGAAGACAUCAGCAGGUCGGACACCGAAGUUUGGCAAAGCUUGGUUUGCCAUCUUUGCUUGUCUGUCCAAAAAAACAAUUCAUAUCGAGCUCGUCAGUGAUUUGACGACUCCUGCAUUUAUCGCCGCCUUCAAACGGUUUUGGUCUCGACGUGGCCCCAUAUUCGAUUUCUACUCAGACAAUGGCACAACAUUCCAUGGAGCCAGAAAGGAACUAACUGUAUCUCAAAGUCAGGACGAGGAAAUUGCUAAUUUUCUGACGAGUCAGGAAAUCAACUGGCACUUCAUUCCGCCGUCUGCCCCGCAUUUUGGAGGUCUUUGGGAGACAGGCGUACGAUCUAUCAAACUCCACCUUCGCCGAGUAAUUGGUAGCAGUGCGUUGACUUUCGAAGAAUAUUCAACAAUUUUAACUCGCGCGCCCAGCGAUCACAGCUUGGAUCCCCUUACCCCCGCUCAUUUUCUUACAGGUCAACCUCACAUGUCGGUGCCAGAACCGUCCUUGUUAGACGUCAACAUUAACAGACUGCAGCGUUGGAGACAACUGCAAGCCAAGGUUCAAGGAUUCCGGAAACGCUGGAGUCUGGAAUACCUUACUUCCUUGCAACCUCGCACGAAAUGGCAGCAGGAGUCCAACGACAUAACCGUGGACACUCUUGUGGUACUGAAGGAGCCGAAUCAACCGCCUAGCAAGUGGCUGCUUGGGCGAAUCACUGCUCUAAGUUGAAGUCCCGAGCGAGAGCGUGAUGGUGGAGCCACUCAUAAAAGACAUCUCGGUCCUGGGGCAGAAGCAUCGGCAGCAACGUGUGGAUCAGGAAUUGGAAAGACAUCCCCAGCAACCAACUUACCCCCAAAACUUUUGGAAAACACACCUGCUAUCGAGAAAAAAAUUGAUCUUUUUAUUUUUUAUCUCAUCCGUAGUAGGCGAAGAGGAAAUUGUCAUAAUCGUAAAUCAGAUUCAAGUGCGACAUAUUAUUCUCCAUCGAUGAACUAAUCAAUUUAUUUAUCUUCUUUUCUUAUUCGUACAACCACAAUGUGCGCCACAGAGAAACGUGGCAGGGCCCUCUAGUUUAAUAUAAAAGUGGAGUGUUUUGAGCUGAAAUUUUCGUGGCGGGAAUAUUUUUUAACAUUCUAAAUCCGAUCAGAUCUAUAUAUAGUAAAGUUCCAAAAGAAACAUUUUUAGACCCUCAGACUUUCACAUAUUUGAAAAAUUGUAUUUUAUAUACUAUAAACUUUGUAAAAAAUAUACAUGAAUAAAUACAAAAUAUUUACUUUCUGCAAUGAAAAACAACAAAAAGUUCUGGUAAUUUUUUCGACCUCUUCGGCCCCCGCAACUAACCUUCA